AUGUACUUGCCAGAACACAAGAUUGCCGACGCGUCGAAGGCGUUCCCGAAACCGAGCCAGCCGCUCGUGUAUGGCACGGCAGGCUUCCGGACCAAGUGCGUAGUGCAUUCUAACCACAGGGCUGAUCUACUGACGAGCACUUGCUUCCGCAUGGGCAUGGUCGCAGCGCUGCGCAGCCUCUCGCUUGAUGGCGCGGCAGUAGGCCUCAUGGUAACGGCCAGCCACAACCCCGAGCCGGACAAUGGUAUCAAGAUGGUCGACUCGAUGGGGCAGAUGCUCGCGCCAGAAUGGGAGCCGCUAUGCACGGCUGUGGCGAACGCAGAGACCGUGGAGGACUUGAUCCGUGAGCUGCGGCGCAUUGUCGACCUGUUUCCUCUGGAUGCGACGAACAAGCCACAUGUCGUGUAUGCAUGGGACUCGCGUCCGUCGUCGCCUGCACUUGUCGAUGCCAUCCGCGCGGGCCUACACGCGCUGGACGCGACGAGCACCGGUGGUGGUUUACUCACGACGCCGCAGCUGCACUACCUGGUGCUAGCCACCAACACGCGCCUAACCCCCAGGCCGUUUGGCGAGCCGAGUGAGCAGGGCUACUACCGGAAGCUGGCGAACGCCUACAUGGCUGUGGCGGGCGGCCGCCGCGCGCCGCCGCUUGUGGUCGACUGCGCGAACGGUGUGGGUGCGCGUGCGCUCCAAGGGCUCCUCGAUGCGCUGCCGCCCAACACCCUGGACAUCACGGCUCUGCGUACGGCGCUGGGCGAGCGCGGCCAACUGAAUCACGGGUGCGGUGCCGACUUUGUCAAGUCACAACAACGCCUGCCGGAAGGCUAUGCGGACGAGUCGGCCAUUCAGCCCGGGACGCUGCUGUGCUCGUUCGAUGGCGAUGCGGAUCGCAUCGUAUUCUACUACCUGACGGGUCCUGCGAGUGACCCGGCCAGCUUCCACCUGCUCGACGGCGACAAGAUCGCGAGUCUGGCAGCCGACUACCUCUCGGACCUCGUCAAGACGACGGGCGUGCCGCUGCAGCUCGGGUGCGUGCAGACCGCGUACGCGAACGGCGCCUCCACGGCCUACCUCCAAGCGAAGGUACCUAUCACGUGCACCAAGACGGGCGUGAAGCACUUGCACCACGCGGCGGAGCAAUACGAUGUGGGCGUGUACUUUGAGGCGAAUGGACACGGCACCGUGCUCUUCUCUCCUCAUGCGACUGUGCAGUUGGAGCUUGCUUUGAAGGGGGCGGACGGCGCCAAGGCCGCGGCGCUCCAUGAGCUGCUCUCGCUUGCCGUCAUGGUCAACCAGACGGUCGGCGAUGCCUUGUCCGACAUGCUGCUGGUGCUUGUGAUCCUUGCGGCGCGCGCGUGGGAUGCGCAUGCGUGGGAUGCGUGCUAUUCCGACCUGCCGAACCGCCUCGCAAAGGUGACGGUGCGUGACCGCACCGUGUUCCGAACGACCGAUGCGGAGCGCCGCCUGACGUCGCCCGCACCCCUGCAGGCAAAGAUGGACGAGCUCGUGCAUGCUGUGCCGAGUGGCCGUGCAUUUGUGCGCCCGAGCGGCACGGAAGAUUGCGUGCGCGUGUACGCUGAGGCCGCGACGACCGCGGAUGCCGAGCGCCUCGUGCGCCAAGUGAGCGAGCUCGUUUCGUCGUCGGCGUAG